GACAUCUCACCCCCCUCCAUCCCCUCCCCUCAUCGACAGAUUGAAAGCAGUCAUGGCGGACGAAGAUGUUUCUGAUGCGGACAACGUCCGUAUCAGGGAUUUUGUAGUUCGGUUCCUUUACGAUUACAAUCUUCCGCAGGGCGAAGGAAUUUCCGGUACUGCAAUUCAGCAGCCUUAUCUUGAUCGACUGGAUCGCGCCUUGGUAGAGAACCCGGCCUUGAUCAAGAAACAAAAAAAGACAUUCAAAAUCGUUGUAUCUCGAAUGCUGGACGAGGGUACAACAUUAGAACUACUUGAAAAUAAUGAGGGAAAGGGUGUCUUGCGACUUUACGAUUUUGUCAGGCCUCGAGACAUUGAUUUGUCGUCCACUAAGUUCGACAACGAGAAUAACUCCGAUGAAUAUGCCGUGCAGCCUCUGCAACCAAAUGUAAAGCUCGAGAAAUCACUUAAGAGUGCCGAUCGAAACCUGAGGGAAGGCAUUGAUCCAAAUGGAUUGGCGCCGAGAUUCAGAAAGCGAAGAAUAAUAGAGGUGGAAGAGAGUGAUGGCUCUGGGAAUGACACUCCUUCUAUAAGCCAUUCCAGGUUGGACAGUAGAAAUUUCAGUCCUCAGAGACUGGCACGGCCUGCACUUGCGCCGUUGGAUGGAAAUCGAAGAAUUUCUGUCCCAGAGCAAUUUUACAGCUCAUCGAUUCAAUCCGAACCUUACCAACAUAUGGACUUUUCACCGAACACAGAACUGAAGAAUGAAUACCGGUCGUCCCUUCCAAUUUGGCUUCAGAGAGGUCUGAGUGAACUUCGUCAGAAAUAUCCCGAUUCGCGGUUUAAACCAACCGAUCUUCACGACAUCAAAUGCAUGGAUUGCGAUACAGAGCACAAGAUUUCGAAAUACAAAAAGACGAAUAAUUUCGAGAAUCAUUUAAAAUCAAAAACCCAUCUGGAAAACGUCAAAUUUCGAGUUGAGAAUUCGACUCCGUCCCGACCAAUCUCCGCAAUGUCAAUAUACUCAGCCAUGCCACCACCGCCGUUACCCGUGCAUGCCCCACCUGCUAUACCUGUCGCAGGUGUGUCAGAUAACUCAAGUGCGAAUGGUGGACUUAUAGAAAGCAUGAUAGCAAACGCCAUACAGCAGAGUAUUGGGCCUUUGACUGCACAUAUAGGAAAUUUAGAGACCCGAUUGCUAUCAUCAGAGAAUAUACACAAGCAUAGAUUUGAGGAGAUGGCUAGGCAACUUGAUGAAUCAGAGACUCGUAAUCGUGAGCUAUUUUCUCAGUUGGAAGAGUGCAAAUUAUCAACAGAAGAAUUGAGCGCUAGACUUUUUGCUGCGGAGGCUAGAUCAAAAGAACAAGCCGAGAUUUCUAGGCGUCUGAAACUAGUGGAACAGGCCAAUGAGUCGUUGCAAGCUUCGAGAAGUAGCCAUUCAGCCCAACUUAAAGAUGCUCAAGGCAGCAUAAAAGCUCUUAAGCAGGCACCAAUUCCAAGUAUUGAAUCUGCCAUACAAGAUCAAGGCAGUCAACUUUUCAUUCUUGGUCAACAGCAUGAGGGCACAGCACAUGAUCUAUCACGUCAUUGUAAACUGGAAGAAGAGUUUCGCAGAAAGAUGCUAUCUCAGAUGGAAGAUGAACGUCAGAAACUAAACGAACGCGUCAACCUUUUGCAGACUGCAUUAGCUUCACGACAUGAAGAUUUUGAAGAGCUCAAAAACAGAGUUUCUCAUGCUCCCCAACAUGAUCAGAGCCAGUUCGAUGAGUUGAAAUCGCAGAUUAGCUUGGAUUUUGAUACACAAGCAAGGCAAUUUUCCAGCAGGAUAAAGUCAAUCGAGAAAAAGAUUGUCCAAGAUUCUACAAAAUUUACUGCUUUGGAUCACAGAACUGCCGAGUGGAUUGAUACCACAGACAAGAAGCAUGAUUCUAGGCUUGCAGAGUUAGAGACCCUGAUAGGUGAAAACUUUGUCAACUUUAGAGCUGAUAUAACGAAUCAUAUUGAAAAUCUGAAGAAACAGCUGGAAGAAAAGAAUGGCUCAGUAGAAGCAAUUUUUGAGGGAAGGCUAGCGGCUGCAGAGAGAACGAUUACGGCCAUGAAAAAUCAACUGACUGGAUGCGAGGUUCGACUUGAAGCUGGAGAAAAGUCUUUCGCACAGUUGAUGACGAAUAUUGGUCUCGCCACCAACCGUACAGAAUUGUUGGCGUCUGAAUGGAAAAGAUGGCAAGCAGAUCGUGAAGAAGAACUUCGCAAUCUAGAUACCGAGGUCAUGAAGAAUUCUUCUGCCAUGGAGAAAUUACAGAUUGAGCAUGUUGCAUUCUUAGACUCAACUCCAAAAACCAUUCGAGAAAUGGAAAAGCGAUUAGAAGAGCAUGGCCAGAUCUCUACCAUCAAGCUUCAAGAAAGGCUUGAGUCAUCCGAGGCAAAUUUGAGACAAAUGAUUUGUUCUUUACAGGAAACUCAGGUAAAGCAUCGCCAGUCCACGCUGGAACUUCAUCAUAAGCGAUCAGAUACACUUAUGAAUAGGAUGGAUGAAAAAGUUGAAAGUUUGGAGAGAGCGUAUGACGAGUUCACUCUGAAAACAAAAGAGAAUCAGAAAGUCAAUGCAACUCUCAUGGAUCAAAAGAUGCAAAAUCGAUUAAAGACCGAAGCUCAAAUCCACAAGGAAAUGACUGAAUCUCUAAUUCAGAAUUUUGUAUACAAACGGGACCGCGAAUUACAGGCUAAAUAUGAAGAGACAUUUAGGCCAAUGCUCUUGAGGUAUUUGACAGAGAAAGAUGAGGCAUUGAGGAAGAAGUAUGAUGAGAACAUCGAAACAGCAUUUCAAGCACGCAUGAUUGCACGGGAAACGGAGCUUGAAAUGAAGUACGAGAAAAGGUUCAAGCCGCUCAUUGAAAGUUUCUUGACCAACCAUCAGAAGAUACUCAGAGAUGAGUAUGAAGCCCGCAUUGAAAAGUUAUUGAACGGUGUCAAGGAUGAAAUUAUAUCAGCAGAUAAGGAGAAUAGGAAUCCAGGUAUCAAAACAGAAGAAGAGCUCAAGUCCCUGGUUCUUAAUCUUACGGAAGAACGAGAGUCAGCCUUUUCAAAGAAACAUGGAGCGGACAUUGAAGAAUUGGUUGAUAUGCAUCGAAUUGAGAUGGUUUUGCUCGAGGAACAGACCCUAGAGCGUUUGUUGACAUUGGAGCAGAUGAUUCAAGAUCAAGGACAGCAAAUUGAGGAUUUGGACUGUGUACUUCCUUUGGUGUUGUAUGAUGUAAAUGAGUUAAUGAAGAAGCGGAGACUUCGAGAUCGUGGGCUGAGAAGAGAUCAUUUUCGAGUUGGUAAAGGUGGUAGAUGAUGGAAGCAUGGAGUCAAUAGGAGAUAAUAAUGAGUGUAUUUGUGUAGGGGUAUGGAUUGAAAGAAAAAUACGCGAUUUGGUAGAUUUAGGAAGCAUUAGUUUCUGGAGCAUAGCAUGGUGGGCAUUGGAAAGGGCUUGGAAGUACUUGGAGUUAUGAGCUGAGGGUUUAAAAGUCGAGAUGACGAAUGAUACUUGGUUGGCAAAAGUACGUGUCAGGGAGAAAGAUUUCGAUUGCUGAGCAGGGAUUCAUCUGUGAGUUGGGAACGAGCACAGGUAGUCCGUUGAUGAACUUCUAUAGGUGGGUAGAUCGGCAGUAUCUUGCAUCUUUAGGCGAUUUGCAAUUUCUUAUGAUGGGAGAAAUAAAUGCAUGGAUGUUUGGAUGGGAUGGGAUGAUUUAUGAUACCAAAAAGUUUUGUAGAUUUACGGAUUUUACUUUAUUCAUAGGGAUGGCUAGGUAGAUAUGAAUUGAAUACGAAUAUCUCUGGCUGGGGGGGUUGGA